UGCCUGAGAUUUUGUUUGUGUUUCUUUUUCUCUUUUUGGGGAGGUCCUAGAUCAAAUUCUGUUUGGUUUGGAGUAGAGCACAAGUUAUAUUUGGUUUGGAGGGGAGCAUAAGUUAUAGGUUAAUUUUGUUUAGAAUAAGAGUUAAAGAUUGGAAGGUAUUCAUUUUAUUGAUAACAAUUUUUUUUGAAUUGUCAGUUGUUAAAGUGGAGGGAACUUAAGAGGAAACUUAAGAUUGUUAGUUUGAAACUUUUUAGAAUAAAAAGAAAAGAUUGAAAAAUAUUCAGACCAUGUCAGCUGUCAAAAUAGAGAGAACCUGCGAUUAUCUCUAGAUUGUGUAGUUAAUUGUCUGAGAUUUCUUCUGGAUUGUUUUAAUUGAGUUGUUUUCUUUUAGAAAAGGUUUUAAGUCGAUCAAAAAUCAAUUAGUUAGUUAUUUGACAGGGAGCGCAAGUUUUCUUUUGAUUAAGAGCUCAUAGAUUGAAGAAAGAUUACUUAUUUAUUUGAUAGGGAACACAAGUUGUUUUUUCAAUUAAAAAAAAAAGAUUGAGCGAUAUCUAUUUGGCCAAAAUCAUUCAAAACACUUAUCUCUUCAAAAUGCCGGCUGCUGCCAAAAUUGAGAGAGCUGUCCGGUUGGGGAGGAAAUGGACGGUGUUUCCGGCUCGUGCUUCAGUGCCUCAGCAGUGCCGGCUUUGCUCAUCGGAUCUGCAGAUGUUGGGUUGUAAUUAUAUUCAGAAGGGUCUUGUUUAUUCUAUGGCGGGCGCAACCUUUGAUUUUAGGGCUGUUGUGGAGCUGCUGAAGAAGAGUCUUUCUGAGGCUCUGGUGUAUUUUUAUCCCUUGGCUGGACAGCUCGCAAGUUCUUCUGAUGGAGUUGUGGUUAUUGACUGUAAUGACAGAGGAGCUGAUUUUAUUGAGGCAACUGCGGAUGGAGUUGGGAUUUCAGAGAUUAUGGAGCAGAAUAUCGGUGCUUCAGUUCGGGAGCUCUUUGCUUUGGAUGGUGCAAUUAAUACCAACGGUCAUUUUUUACCUUUGUUGGUCGUUCAGGUAACGAAGCUGAGAGAUGGAAUUGCAGUAUCAUUCACAGUAAACCAUGCAAUUGUGGACGGGACAGCUCUGUGGCAUUUCAUCAACUGUUGGGCCCAAAUAUGCCGAGAAUCAUUAGCCUCAAUCAUAGAUCUCCCCCCACUCCACUCUCGCUGUUUCACCACAGGCCUUCCCAUAAAGCUUAAUCUCCAGAGCCCAAAAACCGAAUGCCUUAGUACAUUCACCCUACCUCCACUGAGCGAAAAAAUCUUCCAUUUCACAGCUGAAACCAUAUCUCGGCUAAAGCAACAAGCCAACAGAGCCACUUCCAAAGACAAACCCAUUUCCUCCUUUCAAGCUCUCUCUGCACACAUAUGGAAGGCCAUCACCAAAGCUAGGGGUCUUUCUCCAUCAGAGUUAACAACCUUCAAGCUUGCAAUCAACUGUAGAUCCAGAAUAGUCCCUCCACUACCUUACUCUUAUUUUGGUAAUGCAAUUCAAUUUGCCAGUGCCACCAUUUGUGCAGGAGAGAUCAUGGACAUGAGUAUGCCGUGUGUAGCACGGCUUCUACACAGCAUCAUAUCAGCCCACCAAGAUGUUAACAUCAGAGCUGAAUUGGAAAAGCCCCCAACUAUCGUCCAGCUUGACAAGUCCAGUCCUAAGAACACUGUGAUGAUGGGAAGUUCUCCAAGAUUUCCAAUGUAUGAUAAUGAUUUUGGGUGGGGAAGGCCAAUCGGCGUGAGAAGUGGAUGGGCAAAUAAGUUUGACGGGAAAAUGUCUUCUUAUCCGGGAUGCGAUGGAUCAGGAAGUGUGGACAUUGAAAUUUGUCUGCUUCCCAAAACCAUGAGUGUUUUGGAUUCGGAUCCACAUUUUCUUUCUCCAUUCACCCAGCUAUGACUGAGCACGUGGAUUUUCUGAUCCAGUCUGAUCUGAAAUGAAAAUCUUGUCGAGUACGGACAAGAUUGAUGUGCA